UUGAUUCUUAUGAAGGGCCUUCACGAAUGAGGAGGAGGAUUCAGCAUGCAAACACCCGAGCGACAAUGACGCAUAUGAAGAAUGAGGUUCUCCUAGCAAACAGAAAUGAAACAAGCCCCACUGCUGAAAUGAAUCCAGGAGAGCUGACAGUAAAUGGAGCAGAAAGGGAGAUGGAUAAGAAGGGAUUGGAUUGUAACCAGCUAACAUUCUUCCCCGCUCUGCAUGAAAGCUUCCAUUCAGAAGACUUCUUGGAACUGUGUGUGGAGAGACAAAUUAUAUUGCAGGAGUUUGCAGAGAGCGAAAAGGUCACAUUCAAGUGCUCUGUGGCAGUUGUGCAGGGACAUACAGCAUUGGAAGGAGUGCUGCUGUUCGGCAAAGAGCACUUUUACAUCUGCGAGUGCUUUGUGUUAUCCCCUCUAGAAGAAGUCUACUGUACACGUCACUGCUUGUCCAGCAUCACUGAUCCAUUUAUUUUUAACUUAUGUCAUAAAGAUCAUGCUGUGGGAGAUCAGAUGUGUUCCCGUUAUUUGUAUCAUGAUAUAAAAGAGAUUCAUCUGAUGCGCUUUCUUCUGCAGGAGAUCGCCUUGGAAAUAUUCUUCAAAAAUGGUUACUCCACAUUUCUUGUCUUCCAUGAUAGCGACCGAAAUAAGAUAUUUAAAAGGUAA